UUUAUGAUUAUUAGUGUUGCUUUAUUACCCAUAAUUUUAUGGCCAUUGGGUAUAAGUUUGCAACAUUUUGAACCAUUUUUACCAUAUAUUAGUGAUAUGGGUGUGACAGCACCGGCCGCAUCACUGUUCACUUUGAUGCUAAUUUUUGCAGCAAUUUUGUUAUUAAUAUUUACAACAAUUAGAUAUGAGAUCAUUAAAGAAAAUAUUAUAUCUAAUAAUAAUUUAACGGAUCAAACAAUUCGAGACUUGAAAUCCUUAAAUAAACAUUCACUAAGAACCGGGAUCUGUAUGUCGUUGGGUAUCAUUAUGGUGGCCUCGUUUAGGGCAUCGGAAACACUACUAGUGCUAACUGUCCACGGAAUCAGUGCUUUGAUAAACUUCAUAGCAUUUAUCUGCGAUAUGUAUUUUCAAAGUCGUGUAGCAAAUUUAAUGUCCGAUCGACGCACUGGUAGAUUAAGACUAGCAAUGGCUAUAAUAGUCAUAACAAUGCUUAUAGCGGUGUUAGGAUUUGCCGGUUGGGCUGCAAUGGUAUCACCGCCCGAAUUGCAAGAGUUUAUGGCAACAGAGAAUCGGCUUAAAUGGAAAAGUAGUCAAAAUGGUUAUGCGUUUCAUAUAUUGUCCACUGUUUGCGAAUGGAUAUUAAUAUUAACUUAUUGUCCAUAUUUUUGGACAUUUAUAUCACAGUUUAAAGUCUAUACAAUAAACGAAAAAUUAGGGUGA